CGUUAUCCGUUGGUGCGGGCAAACUGCUUCUACAUUAUCCAUGCAAUGCAUGGUAACUUUAGCUACAAUAAUGAGAAUGAAAGACAGUUUGUACGAUUUAUAACUAAAUGAUUAGAUUGUACCUGUCUUUUUCGCGUAUAUCUGAGAUUAAAACCUCACCACGAUGGGUUUGCUAACGAUACUAAAAAAAAUGAAGCACAAGGAGAGAGAGAUGCGGCUACUGAUGUUAGGUCUGGACAAUGCUGGAAAGACCACUAUUCUGAAGAAGUUCAAUGGAGAGGACGUGAGCACCAUAUCUCCCACGCUGGGGUUCAAUAUCAAAACCUUAGAACAUAAAGGGUUCAAGUUAAACAUCUGGGAUGUGGGGGGUCAGAAGUCCCUGCGGUCUUAUUGGAGGAACUACUUUGAGAGCACAGAUGGCCUGGUGUGGGUGGUAGAUAGCGCUGACAGACUCCGGCUGGAGGACUGCCGACAGGAACUCAGCUCUCUCUUACUGGAGGAGAGGUUAGGAGGAGCUACUCUUCUGGUGUUUGCCAAUAAACAGGACCUACCUGGAUCCCUGAGUAAAGAUGCCAUUCGAGAGGCUCUGGCGCUGGACAACAUCAAGACCCACCACUGGUGCAUCAUUGGCUGCAGUGCCGUGACCGGGGAGAACCUGCUGGCUGGAGUGGACUGGCUCCUGGACGACAUUGCUGCACGCGUCUUCACCGCGGACUAGUCGGCGCCCUGGGCGCAGACACGCUCUGGUGGCCUUGAGGAGGCGUGGCUUAGGAGGGCCCGAAACGGGCCUCUGAUUCGCUGAGGACCUACAGAUAGACGUGUGUGAUGUGUGGCCUUGGCAGGUGCAGAUGUUUGACCUGCUGCAUCCAGUGCUCAUCUACUGCUGUGGCAGCUUCAAAAAUAGUCCACUGCUCUCUUAGCAACAAAAAAGCGAAUUCUCCACUUUAUUUCCAUACUUUUCUGUCCUAUUUAGAGUGUAAAAAAUGCCUGAAAAAAAACAUGGCGUUGAACAAAAACAUUUUGUUUUUGGACUUGGAUCGACAUUUCUGAUAGGAUUGUGGGUUUUUGAUUGAGUCGUGUCUAAUCUUUUGGCUGAUGGUUGAGUAUAAUUUGAGCUUUAAGCUCUAAGUUGUACAUUGCUUUUGGAUAUAAUAAAGUACAAAAAUCUCUAAAUUGA